CCGGGUUUAAUUUAGACACAGAGAGGUGGAACUAGAGCGGGAAUACGGAAAUUGGGCGGAUGAAAGAGAUACAGGACACCAGAAAAAUAUACAAGAAAGAAACGAAGAACUAGAAAGGAAACAAGAAUAUGAGAAUUGGGAAACUGAGAAACACACAAGACACCAAAGAAAUAUAACAGAAAGGUAAACAAAAACAUAUCACAAGUCGUAAACCGAGUAACCAUACAAAUAAUGAUAAGACAGAAAAUUAAGUUAACAAGAUUGUUGAGGCUAAAAUCAUAGAAACUAAAAUUUAAAGAACAAGCAUUAAAUAGAAAACAUAACACAUAAAACCAAAAUAAAACCCUCCUAUAAAAUUUUAAAUAUAGAUUGGGUGUAUAUGAAAACAAAGCCAGCACAGGAGAGAAGCAAAGAACGCAAGGAGAUUCAAGAAGAAAUGCUGAAAGGUCAGAUGGCCGGGAAACAAGGAAACACAACAAAAACGAAGAACUAAAUAAGAAGGAGUCCAUCAAACAGCUACAUAAACGAAGAUCGGAGAGCUACAACUUUCAAGAACAGGUCAAAGCGGAAGAAACCUGGAAAAUUGGAAAGGAAAGAAACCAAUGGAAAGACGAACGAAGAAAGAUGGAUAAUGUUAUGAGUACUCCACAAGAUGAUAUAAACAGACACAGAAGCAUCUAUAUAAAGAGUAAAGAAUAUCCAGAAAUUAAACAGAUUAAAUCUGCGGAAAAGAAGGAAGGUUUGGAGAUUCAACAAGGCAACAAAUAUUCUUCAUCAGAUAAUUCUGACAACACUAAAACAAAAUCUGGAGUUAUAAACUGUGUAUGCUUAUAUCAAACAUUUGACCCGGAGAUGCUAAAAUGUGCCAACUGUGGAAAUUUUUCCCACAAAACUUGUUACAACAGCAACCAGAAAGGAACCCAUCAAUGCAUACAAUGUUUAAGUAAGAAAGGCGAGAAAUGUGGAAACCUUGAAAUUGAUAACCAUUUCCACAAGACAUCAAGAUCAUACAAAGAAAAACAAACAUUUGUUUUUAACCUCAACUGUAAGAGAGUCCUGAAAUCAAUUCUAAACCAAGAAUUCCUGACCUGCCAACCAGGAAACGAUCCAUCAAUAGAAUUUUUGAAAAUAAGAUUUGGCUACUCCACCCAGUAUGCAACCAGAAUCACCCUGCAUCUAGUCAAUAAAGGAUAUAUUAAAUUUUUCGACGGUUUCUCCUUUAAUGCUGGUAUGAUCAUUGAAGAAUUAGGGCUCCACAGCGAAGAUAACGAACUAGAGGAAGCUUUAAGGAUAGAAGCUGAAGAGCAAUUAUUCGGAUUCGGACACUGCUACAACAAAACACCAGAACACUCGAUCAAAGCUCCCGGAAACACAGGAAUUCUCACAGGUACCCUAAAUACAUCACAAGUUAAAGGCAAGGGUCCAAAGAAAGGGAAAUCGUCAAAUACUAACCUCACUCAUAGAUCAGAACCGAGAAAAAGGUCUAUAACUCCAUCUCCGACCCGACAAGAAGGGGGAAAAAGGACAAGAGAUUCUUCACCAGCUGACCCAUGGAAUAUAGAUGCUAAAAGGUCAGAUUCAACAGAGAUACAGUUUUCAGGGGGAGAAGUUUCACCAAAACCAACUUCAUCUUGCUCAACUGUAAGUUCUGGUUACCGUAAAGAAUUCUCAGAAACCCUUAAAGAAGGAGAAUUUGAAGAUCCCAGACCAGGUUGUUCAAGAGACAAUCAAACUCAGAGAAAUCCAAGAUUAUCCAGUUCUUCAAAUAACAGACAACAAUCAGGAAAAUCAAGUCAGGAUAACACACGAGAUAAAACCUGCUCAAUAGAAGGAAAUACUAACCAAACAACCUUCGCAAGGAUUAUAAGAGAUCGUGAAGGCAAAAGAUUUAAAAACAAAUUCACCUGGCCAAGCAGAUUUAUCAACAGUGAAUCGCUUAAAGCAGAUACAGAUAACACUCCAAUGAGUGUCGCAGAACUCGGUAAAAGAUCACAAAAACCGGUUUUUGGACAAGUUGUCGAUAAGGGGGAGAUUAAAACGAAAUCAUCCGAUGCAAACACUUCACAUUUCCAUUUCAUACUAGGGAUGGAAGGAACCCUGGUCCAAGUAUGGGUGUUUGGAUCCAACGAAGAAGUGGAGUCAAUAGAAAAAAGAAUUAUAACUGAGGAAUACUACGUUUUUUGGGGAGACUAUAACGUAAGAGAAAAGUAUUCUUCCAAAUUCAAAUCCAACUCAGAUUGGGCCAUCUAUUUGCCAGGAAAGUGCAAUAAGUUCGACUUAGUUAAAAAAUCGAGGGAAUAUCUAGAGUCGGAAGACUCAAUAUCCGAGGAAAGAGAAAAAUUUGCAGACCGUUUCAAACCUGCAACUAGGAGAGGAAAACGGGGGAUGAAGAGGAUGAAAGAACAUUCAUCAACAAGGAAGAAACUCCUAGAUUCAUCACAGCGAAAGAUUACAGACUUCGGUAUAAGAAGAACGAGUUCAUCCAGCUCAACAGAAACUGUGAGCUCAAAGAACUGGAACAGUGGCGAAACAAAUAAACUAACAAACCGGAGCGAUAGUGAAGAAAAGGAGGAAAAAGAGAAGGAAAGCUCAGUUCGGAUCAUGUAAAAUCUAAGAAACCACGUCUUGUUUUAUCAAUUAAAAUUAACUGUGUAUUUAUCUAU